AGUAGUAAAGCAUAAAAUUUUAAGUGUUGAUUAGCAAAAAUGUUAGCCAUUUCUUCUUCUUCUCCUCCUUUAUUUUCUACUACUACUAAUAAUUUUGGUUGGCUUUUGGAAGAUCUUAUAAGCCAUGAAUUAACAAAUAGUGGAGAAACUUCAAAUUCAUCUCAAAAAAGCCUUCAACAUUGUGAUUCAAAUAAAUUUGAUCAAAUUAUUAUCAACAGUGGUGAUCAGUAUCAACCUGAUCAGACGGUUAAGAAGCUUAAUCAUAACGCAAGUGAACGUGACCGUAGAAAGAAAAUCAACAGCUUAUAUUCUUCUCUUCGUUCUUUACUACCUCCUUCUGAUCAUACGAAAAAGCUAAGCAUUCCAUCAACAGUAUCAAGAAUUCUAAAGUACAUACCAGAAUUACAAAGUGAAGUUGAAAGAUUGGUUCAAAAGAAAGAAGAAUUUACAUCAAAAAAUAUUUUGAAUAAACCAAAAAGAAUAAAAGGAGGAAUUGAGAAUUCUUCAUUUGUUAUUUCAACAAGUGAAUUAGGUGACAAAGAAAUAGUGAUUCAAAUAUCAACUUUGAAGAUCAAUAAAGGUUCAAUUAGUGAGGCUAUUUCACAAUUAGAAGAUGAAGGACUUGUUCUACUAAAUGCAACUUCUUUUGAGACUUUUGAAGAUAGAGUAUUCUACACAUUGCAUUUUCAGGUUGAAGGAAGUAUGGUAGUUGAGGUUGACAUGUUAAGAGACAAGCUAUCAUCAUAUUUUGAGAAUGAAGAAAACUUAUUAUGACGAUGAAUUUCUAGAUUUAUAUAUGUUUUUUGAAAAACAUUGUAAUCACACAUUCUUUUUCUUUUCAAUCUUUUUAAUUCCUCUAGAACAAAUAUCAAGAGCAAUUCAAAAUGUAAAUGUCUUUUUAUUUACCAUGUUAUUGUGAUCACCAUUUCCACAAAAUAUCAAUUGAUUUGGCAGUCCUUUACAAAUUCGUUUUUUAGUUUUACAUGUGAAAGCGUUAAAAUAAGCAUUAAUUGGUGAAUUAAUAGUUUCAUUUUUGAAUUAUUGCCCGUCUUAAAAACACUCUUCUAUUUGACUAACUGAUCUUUAAUACACCUUUGAUCUUGCUACAAAAGAGAAAUACACUCCUGAAUUCUCGUUAAAUUGAAGGGUAUUUUUAACACUUUUCUAGACUUUUUAUUAAGAGUUUCAUGCUCCUUCAUAAAAGUUUGAAAUCACUCCCUAUGUCUGUAACAACUCAAGUUACCACGUAACGAGGAUAUAUAUUUUAAUCGUUGAACAACACAAAAUGCAAUCGAGAAAUAGAAACGACUAACGUCCUUACAAUGAAAUUGAGAAAACUUAACAAAAUGGAAAAAAAGAUCAGAAAAUAUAGAGCUAGAUAGAAGGAGGUGGGAAACUUAGACUAAGAAGGGAGACGAGAGGAAACAUACUCUUCUCUUAACAUUUAGAUAAUUCGUAAAUCACCGAUCACUACCUUUUCGAUGGAACCGUCCUCAUGCCCACUACUAAACCUGAAUCCUAAAUUAACCUAGCCCUAUUGCUCGUUCUCAGCCUAAUGACUCUUGUGUGACCUCGGUUCAUAACAGUCAGUUUAGUUAGUCAAAUAAAAAAAAUGUUUUUAACACCGUCAAUAGUAUAGGACUCACAUAAUAAUUUACGCCAAUUUCAGGGUGUUUUCAGUACUUUGAGUCUAACAAAUUGUUGUACGUACAAUAGCUAAGCCACUACCUGAAACUAACUUUUUUGCUCUGUUUCAUCAUUUUCACGUUUUGUUUUUCUGCAAGACUCCAUUAGUUACAUUCUCUACAUCUAUGAAGAAACUCAAUAUCCCUUUAUCAAAUUAUACAGAAAAUUGGAAAAUUUUUCAAAAAGAUAAACGCUAUCAAUUAAUGUUCGCAAAUAGAACUGAUCAAUAUGUCAACAAGGAGCAUUAUGAAGCUGAACAGAUCAUCAAAUAUGGAUAUA